AUGUUUCUAGUUCCAAACUUGGCUACGAGGGCGAUUGAUGACGAACGACACCGUGCUGACACGCCACCCAAGGUCGCUAUCAUCCUGGCUAUCCUCGUGUCUGUGCUGAUGUUGCUCACGCCAUUUCUCCUUGGCAACAGAGGCAUCAGACGUUUCUUCCCUCAUUGGGCGAGGCAAGACUCCCCUGAAAGGACUCUAUGCCUUACUCCGGAGGCACUGGACUUGAUGCCUGUGAUCAAGUAUCGGGUAUCUGGGGAGACCAAAGGCAACGAUCUAAAUAGUGAGGACUUUGGGGGAGACGUGGAACUUCGCUCGCUACCCUGCGGCCAUAGCUUCCACCCUACCUGCAUCGAUCCGUGGCUCCUAGAGCGUUCUCUAACUUGCCCUCUUUGUCGUCUGAAUGUCGCCGCUGGUCUCGUCUCUACAACCCAUUCCGAAAUGCCCACAAGGCCUCGUCGGGUACUCUUCCUCACGGGACUUUGGGCGCACCGGCGCCGUGGACCAAGAGCUGCUCGGGAACUGACUCCCUUCGAAAAUAUCCCAAGCAUCCGGUCGAUGGGACCAGGCACUGCAAUCCCGCCACGACCCUUUCGGCAUUAUCAACCGACACUGACAUCGAUCUCCGAGGUCUUGAAUCAAAUGGGCCCCUCAGGAAGGUAG